AACAUUUUGAUGAUUUUUAAUAUGCUUAAUCCAUCCCACUAUAAAUAUCCAUUGCCCAUUUCGAAUCUCAAAUGCACCACUGCGAUCUCUCUCUCAAAUAAAGAAACGUUUUUUUUUUUUGUAAAAGUUUAAAGCUUUUGUUCUCUUUUUGGUGGUCGCAUUAUAUACUCACAAUAUGGAAGAGGAUUCCCAAAGUAUUCUGAAGAUCAUGGGGGACGAUGAACUUAGUGAAGAAUGCAGGAGUUUGAUCUCUUCCCUUCCAACAGACAAGGAUUUCGAGGGAAUCAACCUCUGCAACUAUCAAGGCCACUGGUAUUACUACAACUCUCUGCAAGCCGUUAUUAAUGUCCGCGACCACUUCCGACCACUGGACACCGACGUAAUCCUCGCUUCUUUUCCCAAAUCGGGCACAACUUUCAAAGCACUGAUUUUCGCCAUCGUCGAGAGGAAAAAGCAUCGUCCUGAUCCAGAUCAGACCCACCCUUUGCUCACUCGGAACCCUCAUAGCCUCGUACCCUUUCUAGAGCUUGUGUUGUAUGCCGAUAACCGAGUUCCCGACCUUACUGAAUAUCCCUCCCCGAGGCUCUUUUCAACUCACAUGCCGUUUCAUACGCUGAGCGAAGCCGUAAUAAAAGCUUCCCCUUGCAAAGUCGUGUACGUUUGUAGGAACCCUAAAGACGUAGUGGUCUCCGCAUGGCAUUUCAGAAGCAGAUUGCUGAAUUCAAAAGCGGAGAUGGAGGCCCAGUUCGAGUCCUUCUGCAGUGGCGUCCGCUUCUACGGGCCUUUCUGGGACCAUGUCUUGGGUUACUGGAGAAAGAGCUUGGAGAGUCCAAAGCAAGUGUUUUUCGUCAAGUACGAAGAAAUCAAGAACGACCCUCGUGCUCAGACCAAGAGGCUCGCCCGGUUCUUGGACUGCCCCUUCACGGAAGAAGAGGAGCGGAGCGGGCUGGUGGAUGAGAUACUGGAGCUCUGCAGUUUGCGCAGCCUGAGCAAUUUAGACGUCAACAAGAACGGUAAAACGCCUUCCAGUAUAGAUUGCAGCGCCUUUUUCAGGAAGGGCGAGGUCGGUGACUGGAAGAAUCAUCUAACUCCUGAUAUGGCAACACGAAUCGACCAGAUCAUUGAACAUCAACUAAGAGGCUCUGGUCUGAAAUUUGAUUAAGUUGUGUUAUGAUGUUUCCUUUGUUGGGUUUGUCGUGAAACUUCUUUCGUUGCGUCACUCUCUAAUAUUCCGAUCUUAUCGACUUUUGGAAAAUUAGAGUUAAAAUAAUAUUUUUUUUUAGUACAUGAA